CCGCGCGCCUCUGGGUACGCGCAGGACCCGUCCCUACAGCGGAGAGCAGCAGCGCAUCCGUCCUGCCGUGGAGCCGGGAGCGUGGAGCCGCGAGGAGCGCACAGAGAGCGAGAGAGAGCCGCAGAAGAUGGACGGAGUGGGAUCGUUCGGAGCGGGCCGGGCCGGGUCCACUGUCGACCCGUUAGCCUUCGCCAAACAGCCGCAGACCAUCCUCAGAGUGCUGUCCUGGAUAUUUUCCCUGGUGGUCUUUGCCUCCAUUGUGAACGAGGGCUAUGUUAACAUUGGCAGUGAGCGUCUCCACUGUGUCUUCAACAAGAACGCGGACGCCUGCAACUAUGGCGUGUUCGUGGGGCUGGUGGGACUGCUGGCGUGCUCCUUCUUCGGCCUGCUCGACUUCAAGUUCUCCUCCAUCAGCUCAGUCAAAGACAGGAAGAAGGCUAUCAUGCUUGAGAUCGGCUUCUCGGGUUUCUGGACCUUCCUGUACUUUGUAAGUUUCUGCUUCCUGGCCAAUCAGUGGUCUCGGACCACGGCCGAUGAGCUGCCACUCAACCAGGGUGCAGAUGCAGCCCGGGCUGCGAUCGCCUUCUCUUUCUUCUCCAUAAUCACCUGGGCUGGCCUAACAGUGCGUGCGGUCCAGAAGUAUCUGCUCGGCACAGACAUGACUCUGUUCACCACGGAGCACAUGGACGGCGGCGCGCCCACGCAGCCAUACCCCUCCAACUCGCCAGUCGGCGGCACCACCGAGACCACAGAGACCUACCAGAGUCCACCGUUCACCGAGAGCAACGCAGCGCCCACAUACCAGGUUCCCAUCUACUAGAUAAGAUAGACCUGAUGCUGCAAGAGAAAGGUCAGGAGAGGGAUGAGAGGAAGGUGAUAGCAAAUUGCUUCCUGUGAUGUUACACCUGCAGUUGUUUAUGUGUUGAUCUGGACUGAGUUUUCAAUAAUUGUCAAAAGAAAAGAAAAAAAAAAGGUCUCUUCUUCUUUGUUUCCUCCUCUUGUUCCCCUUAACAUUCCAGCUUUAUCUGCACUUUUUCUAGGCCUGUAUGUCAAACCCAAUUUCCUACUAGUGUCCUUGGAUCAGAGCAGAUGAGAUUAAAAAAAAAAGAAAACAAGAAGAGGGAAUGUAGAAGGAGAGGCUGCUUUGUUGUGUUCAGACUAUUUCGAAGAGGAAAAGGAGAUGAAGGGAUCAACAAGUGAGUUGGCCUCCACCACAAAGCAGUACUAGAGCACUAAAAAUAGUGCAGAAGACACGCGCAUACAGCACCUUCGUCUUAUUCUUUUCAUUCACUGAAGUGUCAAAAAUCCCCUUUCAUGCCAAACAGUACGGGGAAUGUUUUUUUUUAUUUUUUUUUUUUACAAGCUACAGUACGGUCUGGUCUUUCCUCAUCUUUCCCUGCUGCAGUUAAAAGCGAUCAUGUGUAUUGAAUCUGCAUGUUUUCCAAACUUAGACAUCAACUAAGUGCCAUACUGUACUGUGUGUCUCAGACAGUGACUUAAUUUAGUAGAUUUCCACAUGCUGUAAAAAAAAACAAACAACAACGACAAUGUUUUGUGACCAAGUGCAAUAUCUCACAUUCUUAUGUAGGUCUGUAGGUAGGUAUGUACUGUACUGUAGGUAGGAUAGUUACCGCUACAUAAGAGCAAUUGUAGGCGCUGUCUCAAAUUACAUGCUAGUCUUUGAAUUGUACUAACAAAUCUCAGGCAAGUUUCCAAAUUGAAAUCGUUUAUCUGACUGGCGAAUUUUGCAAGACGUGGAGGAGGCUGUAUGUCUAACGUGAGAGACCUGAGAGAGCUUUCCGUCCUCAAAAGUUAAUUGACAGUUUUAAAUAAAAGUAGUAUUGGUCAAGGAACUUUUACAGCAUCUUUCCGAGUGUUUUUGGCCUUCCUUGAUGUGGUUUGAAUCCUUACCUUAACACGUUCAAAGAAAAACAGCGACAUGAUGGCUGAAUCACUAUGAUUCUGGUUAUUUCAUGUCAUUCAAGAGUGUUUUUUCUUAAGAAUUGGGGAAACGUAAAUCCACAGUGAAUCACUUUUUAGUGUUCAGUUAUAUUUCUGUGCCAGGUAUGGAUGGAUGAAUUGUUGAAUGGGCCUACUGGGCACAGGCCAAAGGGGUCAGGGGUCAGCUCGGCCAGAACCUCUGUUUGAACUAGCUGUCAUGUCGGAAAGGCCAAACGUGACCACAGAGAGUAAGAAAAUGACCACACCCUAACCCUAACCCUAACAGCUACAAAGAGACAUGUAACCACCACAAAACAACCACAAAAAAGACCCCCAGAGAGACACAAAAAGACAAAAACAGCUACAAACAAACACAAGACAGCUACUUAGAGAUGCUAAAAGUCAUCACCAUGGCGCAAAACACCUGCAUAAAGAAACAACUACAAAGAGACACAAAAAGACAUAACUAAAAAGAUACAUAUAACAACUACAAAGAGACUCAAGACAGACACAGAUGCUAAAAUCAACAAAUCAGCGAAAAAAGCCUGCCGUUAGAAACAAGACGACAACAGAGACAAAACAGCAAACAUGCAAAACAACAACAACAAAGAGACAGAAAAAGACCGUGAAGAGACACAGAAAGGCAACUGAUUGAGACAACUACAAAGAGACGCAAAACACCCACAAAGAGACGCUCAAAUCAACAAAUGGAUGCAGAACAACUGCAGAGAGAAUCAAAGUGACCGUGGUCAUCACUUCGGAUCCAGAGGUCUAGCUUCUGUCUAGCAGGCGUGGGUAGCCUCUCACCCCUCUGUGCCCAGGGGCCCGUUGUGUAAUAAUCCAUCCAUGGUACCAGGGAAUGUAUGCAGUGCGUUAUUUGAGACAGUGUUCUAUGUUGAGCGCUGUGUGUGUAAAUUGGGGUGACUGGGGAGAUCAUGGGUAAGUCAGGUCUGUUUAUGUUUACGUUUUAGAAGCUGCCAAACUGCCCUGUGUUCUUAUUGCUGUCUUCUGAUUACCACGUUGCUACUAUGUUGUUAGUGUCUCUAGGAUUUAAUGUAAUCACAAAGCAGAGGGGGCAACAGAUAAGCUCUUAUUCAGUGAGGGAGGUCAGGUUACUGGAGGAUUCAGUGUCUCAGGCAAAAGAAAAGUCAGUUUGUUGGAUGUUAAGGAUCGCUAGCUGGCUAAUUAAUUGAUCCUGCAAUCCUGCCAUUGAAGGGGGGGGGUUCAGAAUUUGUUGCCAUGGUGACAGGCACAGGGUUGGGUGGAUGUGGGUCACUGAGGGCCCUGAUGUAAAUAGUAACCAUGCCCAACCAUGCCGGUGUGUAACAGUGUCUGUGUCGUGAUUCACGUACACUCGCGAUCAACAAAUCUGUAGUUUUGUUGUGUAUGUGUGUGUGUGUGAGAGAGAGAGAGAGACAGAGAGAGAGAGAGAGCAUGUGAGUGCGUCCUCGUGCAGCAAGUGUCCAUGUGCACGUGUGUCGCCGUCAUGCAUGAGAGAUAUGUGGGUUUCUGUUUGUGUGGAAAUGUGUGAAUGUGUGUAGCUGAUGAAACUUUGUGGUGCAUAAAAGUUAUUUUCGUGAACAUGUGUUUGUCAAAGUUUUAGUAUGGAGGAGGAAAUCACCAAUGAAUCAAUUCCCCAAAAUAAAACAUAUUAUCAGAGUCCCUCUCAAGAUACCUAAAGUACAAAGUAAAAAUCUCAGAGGGUUUUUUUUGUUGUUGUUGUUAAUGAACAGAGCCAAAUACAAACACACACACACACACAUAUAUAUAAUUGACCUGUAGAAUGCCUUGCCUACUAUUAUAACUGAUGUGUAAACAGCGCCCUCUGCAGACCAGAGGCACUGCAGCAGUGGCCACAUGUGGCCCACAGAGUUUAAAAAGUAAUCAUGAUAAUAAUGCAUGAAAUUGUUGUAUAGAACUCAUUAUAUAUUGAAUACUAUGUAAUUCUUAAGUUGACGUCAACAUGUUUUGCAAAGUGAGAUUCGCCAGCUGACAGGAUUCCCUCAAGUGUGACAUUAAUCACAGUUUAAUGUCAGAAAUGCGACCGCACAGCCGAACAGCUCUUUGUUCCCUCUGUGAUGUUGAAUGCUCACAUUUUCUUUACUUUGUAUUGUUGUAUAGAAACCUUAACGUGACCCAAGUAUCCAGGGCCUGGAGCAACACCGACAGAAAAUGACAGCUAAAAAAGUGUAAGGCUCCGUGUUCAAGGUUGAGUCCAAAAAAGUGUACAAUGAGAGAUAAGAAGGGUCAUCUACUGUAGAUAACAGAUAAGUAGAGUAUCAAAAAAGGGUUCAAACAAUUUCAAUCUGGUCCCAUAAAUCAGAGCUGAGAUCACUCAGUCUAAAAUUACCUGUAAGUAUGAUUUAUUUUAUUUCAUGUUUUGUGACAUUUUAUUCCCCAGACUGUCUGGCAGUGAGUGCAUGGUAAAGUGGGUUUAUAUUUUAAAAAUGAGGGGUAACACAAAAGUACUGUGGUUCGGGAAAGGGUGCUGGGUGCUGGCAGUAUUACUGGGCGGGUUUCAGGUACCCUGGGAGGUAUCGCUCGGGGAGCAUUAAGUCCAUUUGAUGCAGGUAAAGGACUAUACGCUGUGGUUUUUCAUGUUAUAGUCAGUUACCUACAAGCUGUGUGAACAUUCCUACCAGUUAUCUCCAGAAGCAAUCUUAGCUUAUUCUUAUAUUAUAUGGAUGUAAGCUUGACUCGAGACGUGAAUUGACACUGAAGUGACACUUUAUAAUCAAAUUUAAAAUCUUAUUGGACCUGAACACCAAUUUUGAUACCAUUUAUGCUUAUCAAAUGUAUUUACAUGCUGCACUCACCUCUAUGUGAAUGUUUUCAUUGUUAGUGGCGGUGUCCACGAUUCACGUGCUGAAUUCAAGAUCAAUUCAAGUAACUAAAUAUUUAAAGUGAUAAAUUAGGCCCGUUUCUUUUGAAAGGAAGGAAAUUAGUGUGCUAAAAUAUGUAAAACCACUAGUGUAGUCCUUGAAAUCUUGAUUAUUACCGGGCUGCUAGUUAUCUUUUUAACUGUGGAUGAGUGAGACUGGGGUAUUGGUGGUGGUACUAGAUAAUAUUGGGGUACUAUUAAGUAGUUUGGAGUACUAUCAGGUCAGGUUGUAUUAUUGUUCUCAGUGCUUCAGUCUCUUCUUCAAUCUGUGUGGUAGAUAAAAAAAAAUUAUAAUAAUAAUACAAACAUUCUCUAUGUUUUGUGCUCUGGCCCAUGUACACUACCGUGGUAUUGGUUGAUUGUAAAAUACAGUACGUUAUUGAAGUAAAUGGAACCUGUGUGUGAUGCUGUCUAGGGUCUGGUUUGUCCUGUACUACUGAAAAUAAUAAAAAAAAACAAUAUUAAUAAUGAUGAUUAUUUAUUAACUAGAAUGCAUUCUUUGUUGGAAAUACUUUGUUUGACCACUCUUAAAGGGGCCGACGAUGCCGAAAUCAAAGUUAUGUGUGAUCAUGCUGUCGUUUUGUUAGACUGAGAUAAUAAAAGGUGAUGAUAUGUAGUGACGCUGGUGCCAUCACUUGUGUGGUCUCCAGUAUGAAACAUUGCAUGGAUGUUACGAUAUCUCCCCCCAUAAUAUUGAUAAUAAAAUUUUAUUCCCCAUCGACCAACAAACAAGUCAAUAUUGAUUUUGUAGCGUGCUCCCCCUUUAACAUGUUUCUUCCUGUUCUGAAGGUGUUUGACCUCUUCAGUGUAAAAACGCCGUGUACAGAGAUGUGUGUCACUGUCUAUUACCUGAAUGUCUCUGGACUGCAGUCUGACCGUCACUCCAAUAAAAAAGAAAACAUGUUUUGGA